UCACCUACUUGUGGUGGUAUUGCUUUAAGAGAUUUCCCAAGCUGUGUUUUGAAGUAGGCGGAUCGACUUCCCGUAUAAGUAAGUCUGUUCUGUUCAGAAUGCGAUCACUCAGGGGCUGUUCAGACUUCAUCACACAAGUUGGUUUGCAUUACCUAGAGAAGACCACCUUCUAGUGCAGUACAAGUUCUAUUAACAAAUGAUAGUCUUAACGUUCACCCCGAACACCACAGCAAGCUCGUGUGUUUGCCGCUGCCUUGAUUAAACGCCGCAUUGCUUUUGCCCUGUUGCCUUACCGACCCAAAGAAUCUUGAGUAACGAGCAGGCACCGGCCCCCGCGUUUCCAUUCUCUCGCCCCGCUUUAACACCACCAUGAAGCUUAAUACAGAGGUGUACACCGUUGUCUUGCUGCCUGUCUACCUGUUAAUGUUUGUGUACAGUGCUCUCGCAUUCAUACCGUGGUAUUUUCUCACCAACGCAAAGAAGAAAAAAGCUAUGGCAAAAAGAAUAAAGGCAAAGCCGGCGUCGGACAUGCCUGGAAGCCCCUACCGGGCUCUUAGCCACUUCGACUCUCUGGCCACCAUAGACAUUCCAGGGGCUGACACUCUGGACAAGUUGUUUCAACAUGCGGUGGCGCGUUUCGCAAAGAAAGACUGUCUGGGCACACGGGAGCUGCUGAGCGAGGAGAACGAGAAGCAACCCAACGGGAAAGUCUUUAAGAAGCUAAUUCAAGGGGAUUACAAGUGGUUGAAUUAUGAAGAGGUCAAUACAAGAGUGACCAAUUUGGGGAGCGGACUGUCCGCGCUCGGCCUGAAACCAAAGAGCACUGUAGCCAUUUUCUGCGAGACAAGAGCGGAGUGGAUGAUCGCUGCGCAGGCGUGUUUUAAGUACAAUUUCCCUCUGGUCACAUUGUAUGCCACGCUGGGCGAGGAGGCAGUAACCUAUGGACUCAAUGAAUCUGGAGCCACUCAUCUCAUUACCAGUGUGGAGCUGCUAGAGACCAAGCUCAAGAAUGUCCUCACAAAUGUUUCAUUCAUUAAACACGUAAUUUAUGUGGAUCAGAAAAGCAUAAACAGAUCGGAAUAUCCCGAAGAACUACAUAUCCAUGAUAUGGAAUCCGUGGAAGAGCUGGGCUCCAGGCCUGAGAAUUUGAACAACCCUCCGAGCCGACCCGUUCCUUCAGACCUGGCGGUGGUGAUGUAUACCAGUGGCUCUACUGGCAGGCCCAAAGGAGUAAUGAUGAUCCACAGCAACCUAAUCGCUGGCAUGGCGGGGCAGUGCGAACGCAUACCAGGCCUUGGCCCCAAGGAUACCUAUAUUGGUUAUUUGCCUUUAGCGCAUGUUCUAGAGAUGACGGCAGAAAUAUCCUGUGUUACUUAUGGCUGUAGAAUUGGUUAUUCAUCUCCGCAGACGCUGUCUGACCAGUCUAGUAAAAUCAAGAAGGGAACCAAAGGUGAUUGUACGGUGUUGAAGCCUACGCUGAUGGCGGCUGUGCCGGAAAUAAUGGAUCGAAUUUACAAGAAUGUCAUGAGCAAAGUGCAAGAAAUGAAUGUUUUCCAAAGAACCCUGUUUAAGCUUGGGUAUGACUACAAGCUGGAACAAAUAAAGAAGGGAUAUGAUGCUCCUCUGUGUAAUAUGUUGCUUUUUAAGAAGGUAAAAGCCCUUUUGGGUGGGAAUGUGCGCAUGAUGCUCUGCGGAGGAGCUCCUCUGUCUCCGCAAACACAGAGGUUUAUGAACAUCUGCUUCUGCUGUCCUGUGGGCCAGGGCUAUGGAUUAACGGAAACGUGCGGGGCUGGUACCAUCACCGAAGUUUGUGAUUACAGCACUGGCAGAGUAGGGGCUCCUCUCACCUGCUGUGAAGUGAAACUUCGAGACUGGCAAGAAGGUGGAUAUACAAAUCAAGACAAACCACAUCCAAGGGGAGAGAUAAUCAUUGGAGGGCAUAAUGUUGCAAUGGGGUAUUUUAAGAAUGAGGAAAAGAGUUUGGAGGAUUUCUACGUGGAUGAGAAUGGACAGAGGUGGUUCUGUACAGGCGACAUCGGAGAAUUCCAUGCAGAUGGCUGCCUGCAGAUUAUCGAUCGCAAAAAGGAUUUAGUGAAGUUACAAGCUGGGGAAUAUGUCUCGCUGGGCAAGGUGGAGGCAGCGCUGAAAAACUGCCCGCUUAUUGACAACAUCUGUGCAUACGCGAACAGUUACCAGUCCUACGUGAUCAGCUUUGUAGUUCCUAAUCAGAAGAAGCUGACGGCUUUAGCGCAGCAGAAAGGGAUCGAAGGAGCAUGGGAGGAGAUCUGCAACAAUCCCACGAUGGAAGCAGAAGUAUUAAGGGAGAUUAAGGAGGUAGCCGGCUCAAUGAAACUAGAACGAUUUGAAAUUCCAAUCAAGGUACGCCUGAGCCCUGACCCAUGGACCCCUGAGACAGGCCUGGUGACAGAUGCAUUUAAACUGAAGAGGAAAGAGCUGAAGAACCACUAUUUGAACGACAUUGAGAGGAUGUAUGGAGGCAAAUAGAACAAAA